AUUUCAUAAUCAAGACUUCAAUUAGAUUUCUACUCUAUCAACAAACAUUUCUUUAUCAACCGAGCUCUUUACCAGUCUUCACUCAACCAAAUCAAAAACCCAUCCAUCCAUCCAUCCAUCCAAACACAUCAAUCCAUCAAUCAAUCAAUCAUGACUACCACCAUUCAAAACCUUGCUCCUAUCGUACCUUUUAUCGAACCUACUGAACCAUUACAAUUAGAUGCAAUCUUUAGUCCAAUCUAUGAAACUCAACAAACUAAUCGAAUCAGCCAAGAUCGAAAAGGGAAAUCUGUCUCUAAUCCUGGAUCUACUGGAACUCAAUCACAAAGCAGAUCAAGUAAUGUGGAACAUACCAGAUCACCAUCAGAGGAAGAAAUCAUACUUGAAAAGACUCGUCGUGAAUUAGAAGAUAAGAUUUCAGAACUUAAUAAACUCAAGAACCAACUUGCUGAAACUGAACAUCGAGCACGUGAACUCGAAUCUAAGAUUCCAGCCUCAUGAAACCCACUUCCCAUAUCAUUGAUAAAAAAAACCCUUUUUGUUUCCUCGAACCUUUAACAACAUUCCUACACCAUUCUUGACGGGUUUUUUCCAUCAAUCUAUCGUUUUUUUUCAUCUUUCAAAUCUUUUUUAGAUCAUUUCAUCCAUAGACAACAGCUUAUGUGGAUGAAUG